UAUAAUGGCCCAACCGAUAAAAAUCCUCUCUGCGAUUGGAAUUUCCUCGCGAACCGAACAGGAGAACGGAAAUUUUACCCCCGGACGCACAGUGGGAUCGAUCCGACGCCGGAGAAGGAGAAGAAAUGCCGGUGAGAGUCGUGGAGGAUAACCCACCUGCUCAGCUUUCAGGAACGAAUCCUGGGGACAGGUCUCCACUUCCACCUAGUUCGCUUCUGAGUGCCGGUCAGGCGUUUUCCGGUACACAGAACGUCUCUAAUCAACAGAAGGAAGAAGCUUGGAGAGUUAAUGUUCGGAUACAGGGGAUUGAUCUUCAACAAGGCUAUCUUUGUGGCACUAUGGAAGCACUGAACGUUCCGAUGGCAGACACUCCUGUCAUAACAUUCUGGGAAGGAGAGAUUGUUGAUACGAAGAAUUAUACUUUCUACACCGGGAAAUGGGAAGCCACGAGGGAUGAUGAUCUGAGGCACUGGUCAAAGUUCCCGUCCUUCUCACCGCUUCAGGGCCAAAUGGAGGCUGAUGGUGGCAGAAGUUUGGACCUUAACAACUAUCCAUACAUUUUUAUGCGAUGGAAAGAACAAUACUUUGUGAACGUUGGCACAGAUUGUGGAUUAACGAUAGCUGGCUUUUACUAUGUAUGCUUCUCUUGCAGCGACGGCUCCAUCAGCGGCUUCUAUUAUGAUCCUAACAGCAGCCCAUUUCAGAAGCUGGAGCUGAAAACUGUGAACGAAGGAAGAUCCGGCUUCAGCUUUUCUUCUUACGAGUUGCAGUAAUGCGACAAAAAUCGUCGAAGCAUCGCUAAUUUUCCUUGGAUGCCAUUUCAAAACUGUCAUGUUCUUAGAUUUCACCUUGUCCCGUUUCAGUAUUCAGAAGGACAGUGCACAUGACUAUUAAAAGCUCAUGAAUGCAACAAAUAUUAAAAGGGUUCA